AUGCAUUCAAGCAGCCUGUUUACAAAUCCAUAUGCAAUUGAAGUCCUAAGGACUAAAAAAGAAGAGCUAGUAGAUGGCAUAAAUGACCCAGACCAUCUCCUGAACUGGCUGAUAGACAACUGUAUUUUUACCCCAGAAAAAAAGAUGGUCAUGAGUUCCUACAGGACACGAACAGAAAAGAACUCACGAGUUCUAGACAUGCUAAUUUCUCAAGCUGCUCAUGGACAUCUAACUAUAGUGGAAUAUUUGAUCACCAAAGGUGCAAAGAUAGAUGUGAAGGACAAGAAAGGAAGAACACCACUGCACAGGGCUGCUGAGAAAGGCCACAGUGAUGCAGUGAAAGUGCUUCUCCGACGUGGAGCUUAUUUGUACAGUCUGGAUACAGAAGGCAAGACACCACUUCAUUUGGCUGCACAGAAUAACCACACUCAUGUAUUGAAGAUGCUUCUGAAAGAAGAGGCAAGAAGCUACAGGAACCAGCACAACUUUUUGCACAUGGCAGCCCUUAAAGAUGAGAGCAGACUGGCAAAUAUGCUUUUAAAGGCUGGUGCCUCUACUGAUGGAAAGGAUGAAAGAGGACAGACUGCUCUCAGUUAUGCUGUUUCUCAGGGGUCUGAAAAUACUGCAAAAGUACUGCUAGAAGCUGGAGGCAGUGUUGAUUCCAAAAUGGUGGAAAGAGCCUUCAACAGCAACCACCCAAACAUCUUCAAAAUACUACUGGAAUAUUCUAAAGAUUUGUCAUCUGACAUUAAGGAGUCAGCUCUUUUUAGAGCUGUGCAGCAAAAUCUGCAUGGUCUUGUAGCAGCCUUAAUUGACAGAGGAACAGAUAUAAAUGCCUACAAUGAAAUGCAGUACACUCCUUUACUCCUGGCGUGUGAAAGAGGCAAAGCUGAAUCAGCAGAAGUUCUAAUCAAAAAGGGAGCAAACUUUGGAGUAAAGACUCCUGCUUCAGACACAGCUUUGCAUGUGGCAGUUCAAGCUGGGGCUGCUUCCAUCACAAAUCUGCUUCUCCACAAAGGGAUGGAUGUUAACAUUACGAACGAAGCCGAUGAAACUCCGCUUCACGUUGCUGCACUUCAUAACAGAGGAGCAUUGGUUGGCCUUUUAGUUAAUGCUGGGGCCAAAAUUAAUGCUGUCACUAAAGAGUUUGUUACUCCCCUGCAUAUUGCAAGUCAAAGAGGUAACACUGAGGUUGCCCAGCAGCUGUUGCACCACAAAGCCAAUGUUAAUCUUAAGGAUAAGCAGUCAAAAUCACCGUUACAUUUUGCUGCUGAAAGGGGAGACAAAACAAUGGUAGAGAUGCUUCUGAAUGCUAAUGCUGACCCCAAUGCACAAGACAAGGAGAAAAAGACUCCCUUGCACGUUGCAGCUAUGAGAGGACAUCUCAGUGUUGUGGAAGUUCUGUUAGCCAAAAAAGGAAGAUUUGGAGCUAAGGACAUGGAUGGAUGUACUCCGAUGCACUAUGCAGCCAUCAAAGGGAACACAAAGAUGGCAACAAUUCUUCUGACAUCAGGGAAGUACAAAAAGAUUGAUGACAGAAACAUCUGGAGAAAGACCCCACUACACAUUGCAGCAGAAUAUGGACACAGUGACUUGAUAAAUCUAUUACUGAGCUACAGGGCAGCCAUUAAUGCCUUAGACAGCAGCAAGGAUACUCCACUGCAUUCAUGA